AUGUCGACAGAGCAUAAGAACAUCGCACGAAGUGGUCAGCCCCAGCCCCCGCCGUGGCCCACAACGAGCCCAUUCUUCCGAUGGACCUCAACCCCCAACAUUGAGUGGUUUGAGUACCCAAAGUACCCCUACACCCGCGAGAAGAGUAUUCGCAUGACGGAGGAGUCGUGGGAAAGCACAAUGGAUGAGAUGGCAAGCCGGUAUGGCAUGCAGCUUAACAUGACCACAAAACCGACAUUUUGGAUGGCCUGGAGUCUCAUGGUGUUCUACUCAUGGUACACACUCUGGGGCUGCUACCGUGCCAUGGGAACGGAGCCCGGCUGGCCACACUUCCGUGACAUUGUGGUGGGACAGCCGAAUGUCCUCCAUGCUAGAGGAGGAUGGCAUUUACUUGGACCAGUGGAUCCGUCCGGAGAUGCGUGA